AUUUCGCACACUUCUGAGAAAUAGCCCUGCAUCUCUGAUCUUUUUUGCUUCUUACAUUUUGCUUAUGAAAUAAUAUACGAUAUCGACCCCAUGAGUCCAAAACGGCUUGCGGAUACUACGGAGCCAGUUUUCUUGUCAAUACGGAGCAGAUAAAGCCUGCAGAGCCUUGAACUGCUGCUGCGUUUCCUUGCUUGGUCAGCAACCCGACGUCUCGAUGGAGCUGAGUUGUGCUUCUUGGAGAAUCCAUUCUGGUCAAGGCUGAACCGAAGCCUACUGAGUCAUAUUAUGUGAUUCUCCAAAGCAUACUGCGGCCCCAGGCUCUGAUGCUGAGUGUGACAACGACGGGGGGAGAGUGAGAGAGAGACUCACAGACCCUCACAAACAGAAGAAAGACUUGCUGGAGCUAUCUGCUGAACUUGGACUUGCCAAGCUUUGGAAAGAAAUAAGAACCUCGUUUUGAGGUUGCCAACUGACUGUAAAGAAGUAAGCCCAUGAUCCUGAACCACUACAGCGAUGGACAAGAAAAGUGCAAACGGCUACCCCAAGGCAGGAGGAGAGAGUGGAGGUGGCAGUCAGAGGAAACAGCUGCCCUACUCUGUAGAGACACCAUAUGGCUUUCACCUGGACCUAGACUUCCUCAAGUAUGUGGACGACAUUGAGAAAGGCAACACUAUCAAGAGGGUGCACAUCCAGCGCAAGGCCAGAGGCCCUCCGAAGUUCAGCACUUUGCCCAGGAACUUCAGCCUGCCUGGGCAUGGAGCCAGGCCGGCCCCUAAGGACACCUGGUCCUCGACCUCCACGCUAGGGCCCAAGCCCAGAGGCAGAGUCAACGAGGUACAGCAGAUCUUUGAUUUUAGACCCAGUGACGGAGAUACGACGCAAGGUCGGAGCCAGAGCAGCAAGGGGCUGGGUGGUAGCUUAGCCUCAGCCAGACCUAAGGAUGAGACCGGGGCUCGGGUGAUAGGCGAACAGCCCCCAGAGAGGCCAAAUCUCCUCCGGACGUCCAGCAUGCCAGUCACCAUCCCGCACAGGAAGGGCUCAGAGUCUGGAGAUGAGAAAACUGACAAUGGCUCCUCUGAAAACGUGUUCCGCUCAGUGCCCCAGGACCGGUUGGGUCUGCACCAGCAGAUCACUGCAGCAUUGAAGAGGGUCAGAGAGCUGGAGGACAUGGUGAGGACCAUCCCUGAGCUAAAAUCCCAGAUCUGCUCACUGAGGGAGGAAAGAGAGCAGCUAAUACUUAGGCUGCAGGCACAGACCAAACCCCAGCCUCCGCCUCCCCCGCAACGCACCUCACCCUCCCCAGCCCCAAGGACUCAUGCUGGGCCAACAUCUCAGUCACUAGCAGUUGACUCUGAGAGAACAAAGAGCACUGCAUCAGAGACAGGAAAACAACAGGAAUCCUUAAAAAGUGAACCACCAGAAGAUCCAAAUAGGCUUUUAACAGCACAGGAACCAGAGAGACAAUCCAAAACAUCGGAGGAACCCGAGAGACGAGCAGAGACAUCGGAAGCACCAGUGAAACAAAAAGAAUUUGUCUAUCCAUUAGAGCACACAGCGAAGAGGCAAACAGAGGCUUCAGAAAAUGUCACAAAACAGAACGCAAAAGAAGAUCUGGAAACAAAAGAGUUUGUGCCAGUCAUAGAGGGGGUCAAUGUCAGUGGUGAUGGGGACCUCCUUAGCAUUGAACAGCUCCAGGCUAGACUAGUAGCCCUGGAGGCUAAGCUAAGCGAGGCCAGUGAAGACCUGGAGAGAACGAACAGUCUCCUGAGACAACAGGUGGAGGAGAACCGGAUGAAGGAGGAGAUGAUCCUACAGCUUAGCGAGUCAGGGUCAGAAGGGAUAGAGUUUUCUGAGGACAGACGUACAAGGAGGGCCAGUGUGGAUCAGCAGACGGAGACAGAGCGGGCUGACAUGGUGGAGCAGGGGACAGAGACUGAGAGUAUAAUCAUCUGUUUAACCAGAGAAAGGGGCAAUAGGGUGAAUCACAUGACAGAGACCGAGAGGUUCAACAGUCAAGAGCGGGUGAGCGAGACAGAGAUGGUAGUAUGUCCGUCCAGACCAAGAGCUAACAGCGUGGACCGGGGGACAGAGACUGAGAGAGUGGAUACAGUGGACCAGGUGACAGAAACUCCACCCGAAGCCAGGCUAGACCAGGUUACGGAGAUGCCAGUGGUAGUCAGCGUAGACCGGACAACAGAGACCGCACCCGUCCGUCCAGUGAGACCAGCUCGACCUAUGGCUAACAACAUGGACCAGGCCACGGAGACGCACGCGGGAGAUGGCGUGGACCAUUCCACGGAGACACAUAUGGCACCCAUCCGUCCAGCAAGACAGAGGACCGGCAGUGUAGACCGGGGGACAGAGACAGAGAGAGUGGGUACGGUAGACCAGGUGACAGAGACGGUGGCAGCUCAGCGAGCCGACCAGCAGACCGAGACAGACAGGGACAGAGCUGAGAACAACAAUAACCCUCACAGGUCUCUAGAGAUUGAGAGUGCAGCCAUAGUGAGUGCAGCCAUAGAAAGUGCCGUCACAGAAAUUGUGGGUGAAGACAGUUUAGUCACAGGGAGCACAAUCCCAGACAUUUUGGUCACAGAAAGUGCAGUCUCAAAUGGCUUGUUCAAAGACUAUGAAAUCACAGAGAGUGCAGUAACUGAAGAAGGCUUUGUGGUUAUUGAUAGUGUGGGCACUGGACAUUUGGUAGCAGAGAAUGUGGGCACUGAUAUUAUGGCCCCAGAGAGUGUGGCCCCAGAGAGUGUGGCCCCAGAGAGUGUGGCAGCAGAGAGUGUGGCCGCAGAGAGUGUGGCCCCAGAGAGUGUGGCCCAAGAGAGUGUGGCCCCAGAGAGUGUGGCCCCAGAGAGUGUGGCCGCAGAGAGUGUGGCCGCAGAGAGUGUGUCCCCAGAGAGUGUGUCCCCAGAGAGUGUGUCCCCAGAGAGUGUGUCCCCAGAGAGUGUGGACCCAGAGAGUGUGGUCCCAGAGAGUGUGGCCGCAGAGAGUGUGGCCCCAGAGAGUGUGGCCGCAGAGAGUGUGGCCCCAGAGAGUGUGGCCCCAGAGAGUGUGGCCCCAGAGAGUGUGGCCCCAGAGAGUGUGGCCCCAGAGAGUGUGGCCCCAGAGAGUGUGGCCCCAGAGAGUGUGGCCCCAGUGAGUGUGGCCCCAGAGAGUGUGGUCAAAGAAAGUGUGGUAACAAAGACUCAAGUAAUUGUAGACAAGGAGACAGUUGUUGAAAAGACUAGAGUGACUGAAAAUGAUGCUAGAAUGAGUAUGUCCACAGACAGUACAGUCACAGAGAAUGUGAUCACAGAGAAUGUUGCAACUGAGAUUGAGGUUCUGAAAACCACAGUUACAGUGAGUGCAGUUGUAGACAGCGCGGUCAAAGUGGUUGCAGAAAUAGAAACUCCACGUCCAGAGAGCCCAGCCCGCACUCCCUCCUCGAGCCAGCCCCAGAUAGGUCAGAAGGAUAAUGAACAUCCUCAAUCCCAGGACCCUCGUCUUUCCAAACCAGCCCUGGACCCGGCCCCUCGCCGGGGGUCCAACCCAGCCCUGGGCCAGGUGGUGACGCGCCUUACGGGGCUUAUCAACGAGCAGUGGGCCCAGCUAGGUAGCAGCCAGGACAAGCAGGAGACCCCCAGCCCAAGUUCCCAGAAGGCCGCAGUCGGGCAGGGUAAGGUCACCACGGGGAAGUCUUCAGCGGGGAAGUCAGGGACGUCUAAGAUGAGCUCCAUCCAGAGCCAACUGGUCAGCUCCCUCAGUGCACUGUCAGCCUUCUACUCCCCCGGACAGAAGGCUGCUGCCAGCCAACAGCAAGGUCUGAAAUCCAUCAUGAAGAAGAAGGAUGCUACUGAAGAAGGGAACAAAGGUGGAGCUAAGAAGAACCUGAAAUUUGUGGGAAUCAACGGAGGGUAUGAGACCACCUCAAGUGAGGAGUCCAGCGGGGAGGAGAAGGAAGAGGCAGAGGAGGUGGACAGCUCUGAGCCUGACGAGCAGCAGGAGGAGCAGGAGAACCAGGGAGAGGCCACAGUCACAGAGGAGGUGGUCCAGGGAACAGUGGUCCAGGUUGGAGAGGCUGAGAGUCAGGGAGACGCCGAAGACCCAGAGACCAGCCAGGCACUCCUGGAGGAGCGGCCAGCCGCAGAGGAGACGAUCGAUAAGGCCUUCAUGGAAGCGUGUUACUACAUUAAAGAUCGCAUGGCAGAAGUGACAACACCCAAUAUGGAAAUGCGACACGCCCUGACCGUCUUAUACCAGGUGUGGUUUGGUGUAUCCAGUCAGAAGGACUCCCAGGCCGACACUGUCACCCUGUACCUGCGGGAGGUGGGCCUGACCACGCCCACUCUGCUGCGCUUCAUCGUGAACCUGGCCGACGGCAACGGCAACACGGCACUCCACUACAGCGUGUCCCACUCCAACUUCGCCGUGGUCAAACUGCUGCUGGACACCGGUCUGUGCGAGGUGGACAUCCAGAACAAGGCGGGCUACACGGCGGUGAUGCUGGCCUCUCUGACAGCUGCUGACAGACCUGAGGACAUGGAGGUGGCUCUACAGCUACUCAGACAGGGUGAUGUCAACGCCCGCGCCAGCCAGGCAGGGCAGACGGCUCUGAUGCUGUCGGUCAGCCACGGUCGUACGGCCAUGGUCCGGUUACUGCUGAGCUGCCAGGCCGACGUUAACGUGCAGGACAAAGACGGCUCGACCGCCCUGAUGUGUGCCUGUGAACACGGUCACACCGAGAUCGCCCGGACACUGCUGGAGUCUGGCAACUGCGACGCCGGCCUCACGGACAAGAAUGGUCAGAGUGCCCUGUCUAUGGCGGUGAUGGGAUCCCACAACGAGCUGGUUGAUCUUCUCAAAACCCACUCGUACUCCACCACCCCCUCUGCCACCAUCAUCACCACCACCACUGCCUCUCUCCUUUGAGACCCCUCCACCAGCCCCUCUAUCCCCAUCACCUCUCUCCUCUGAGACCCCUCCACCAGACCCUCUAUCCCCAUCACCUCUCUCCUC